UUCUUUCGAUCUCGUUCGCCGUGAAGUGAGCAUUCAAGAAAAAAGAACGAUCUAACUAAGCAUAAAAAAAAAUUGAAAUUCAAUUAAGAAAAAGACAUACUUAAUUUAAAUUAUUAAGGUUCAGAAUGAAGUCUGUUAUUUUGAUAUGUUUUUUGGGUGUCGCGACGGUAGUUAUUGCUCGUCCAAAAACACCUUUUGACAACAUCAAUAUUGAGGAAAUUUUUGAAAAUCGACGUUUAUUGUUAGGCUACAUUAACUGUAUUCUCGAGCGAGGAAACUGCACUCGUGCCGGAAAAGACCUUAAAUCUAGUUUAAAAAACGUAUUAGAAGAAAACUGUGACAAAUGCAGCGAAGACCAACGGAAGAGUAUCAUCAAAGUCAUUAAUUAUUUGGUGAGCAGCGAACCGGAAAGCUGGAACCAACUCAAAUCGAAGUACGACCCUGAAGGGAAAUAUUUAAUCAAGGUCGAGGAUACUCGUGGAUUUCCAAGAGGACGUGGGAACUAUGAAGAGCAGCUGUCAAGGCUUUAAUAAACAAGGAAUCUACAUGACCACGACUGCUCUGCCAAGAGCAACCGACUAUGAUGAUGUGGGGUGGCUAGAAUGAAUAUACUAUUUACGUUUGCGACCUGUCGGAGAAGGAUCGAGAAUUGUCAACCUAUCAAGAUUCAAGAUCUUCACCCAUCUUUGUGAAAUGUAAGACUACACACAUAUGUGUGUUUAUUUUGUAAUAAUGUCUGUCCUACACUUCAGAGCGUAAAGCAUGACUACCCUUCUCAAAAAUAGGUAAUAUAUUAUAUAAUAUUCUAUUAUAUUAGUGGUACUUAAUGUUUUUUCAUUAAACUAUUUUCGAAAAAGA